CUGGCAGCGUGGAGGAGAAGGAGGAAAGACAUGUAAGUUUGCUCAAAUUGAUCCAUCAAUCAGGCCGUCUGUGGAGCUUUCUGCUUGUUGUCCUGGCUGAUAAAUGCAGGGGGGAGGACGGGGGAGAGGAGGGAGGAAUGAGUCUGGGUCUGGAUCCCUCCUCAUCUCAGGAAUGCAUGUGGGUUCCUCUCCAAAAGUGCUGACGUCAGGAGUGGCCUUGGAUUAAAAACAGCCAGUUUAUACUGAAAACGCGAGCAGAUAGGCUGUGUUAUGCACCUGGUCUGCUUAAAAGCUCAGUUUAUACGUGUUUACAGCUUAAGAACCACAUUUUUCACUCCUUAAUGGACUGUCUGUGUAAAUAAACUGAUGCACUGAGGCAUUAUAUGUAGACGGUAAUUUACUGUAGGCUUGAACAAUGCUUCCAAAUGUCAGCCUGUUUUAUAGCAGCUUUAAAUUGAGGCAACAAAUUCAACAAAAGACAUUUACUGCUGAUGCUGUAACUUAAAAGUUAAUACGGUCUGAGUUUAGGGUGAUGUAUGUUGGACUUCGGCACUGCUGUGAUAUUUCAGGAGUUAAGUGUCUUUGCUUUGCCUUUCGGCACUUACGGCCGUGAAAAUGCGUCAUUUUCCCUCCACUUGUAAUAUUUUUAUCAUCCAGCAGCCGAUCCCAGAAUUCCUGAAGACCCAAGAGAACAGUCUGGGCUGAGUGAACAAGUUUCAUUGAUAACUUUUUCUACCCAAAGGGUCACCUCAGGACAACUUUUAUUUCGGCUAUUGGCAUCAAAUCCCCCAAAUUCCAAGUAAAUAAUAAAUCGAUGUUUAUGAGGGCUGGAUUAUAUGGCCGUCUAUGAGCCAUAUAGCUGUUUAGAUGUUUAAACAUUAUCGAAGAUACACUGAGUCAUUUUUCUGUCUGAUUUGUAACAUAGGAACAUUGUUAAUUUUGGCCUUUUAAGAAAAGAGUACUAAAUCUUUUAAUUCCCAUCUUAAGCAAAUAUCAUAUUUGAUCUACAGAUGGUUAAAACAUGAACGUUUCUCUGUCACUGCCAACCAUAAAUGGAUUAUUAUGAUCAUGACCCUGGGCACAAACUCAUUGUGGGCUUCUACAUAUACAUGCAAACAGUAAACGUGUGUCAUCCACUAUUUAUACCCUCUAUCACUUUAAAUUUGGCCACAGUUCAGGACAGAGCAAACCACACAACACACUACUUUAAACUAUAACCAUUUAUUAUGUGUCACUAUAUUGGCAUUUCACUUAAUUUUCACACAUAAUAAUACAACAACAAAUACAAGUGUUCCAAGCACACCAAAUGCUCAGACAAUGGAAAAAAACAAACAAACAAACAAAAAACAACAAAAAAAAAAAAAAAAAAAAAAAAAGCCCAACAUGCAGACAUUAUCAUGAUAGUUUUCUCAAAGCUCUUGUUACUUUUAUUUGCAUAAAGUGUCUUCCAUGUGAAAACCAGGAAAAGUAGACAAACCUGAGUCAGAGAAAAAAAAACUAAGAAAACUAAGUAGAUCUCCAUGAACACCUUCACACAAAGUCAACAACUGGGCACACGCCUAUUUUGCCCUUGCAGUGAUCUGUCUAUGUCACCACUCUUUGGUUUUUGAUGAGGCUUUAUUAUUAUUCAUUUUAAAUAUUUAUUUUUGGGUUUGGGGCCUUUAUUUUGGUGAGGACAGGACUGUGUACAGACGUGUAACGAGGCUUACGACCUCCAUAUAGGGGGCGUGCACACAGAGCACUCAGCCAGCAGAAGAGGCUUUAUGAAGCUACACAGUGCAGGUUGAAAUAUAAGAAAUGGUGACUCUGAUUGGUCUUCCAUUAAUCUUGAAAAAAUCCAGAUCUCAGGCCCCCUGAAACAGUUGCAGUCUUUCAGCCUAUCAGCCAAGUCAGCCAUGCCCUCAAUUGCUCAAUUUUCAGUCUAAACUCUGUAACUCCAUCACUCUCAUACCAAGGUUAUACUUCAGAAUUCAGCAAAUGCCAUAGGUCCUCAUAGCCCUGUGCGUUACACAGAAACCUUCAUGUGUAGCCUGAUGAUCACCAACUGUGGGUCAAAACAUUUCAGAAAGCAGGCCCUGUGAUUGGUCUACUUGUGGGUAGGUAUUUCCAGUAUCACUCCUGUCCACUGUCCUUUUCCUCAGUGACUAUUUACUUUGUCUCCUCAAACAUAUCCCCAUCUCAUGGUCUUUGCAAUCAUUUCAGCAUAACUGACUACUGCCCGACAUUCAUAAGAUUGUGUUCAAAUGUGUUUCCCUCAGAUUUUGUUGCCAUUUUCUCGAAAAAAAAAUCAAGAUUUAAACAUAGCAGGACUGGGAACUGUGAUUUGCAAUGUGAUAUACCGGUGUGGACGUCACAUUGCAGACUAGUGUUUAAGUGGAUUAUUACAGAGUGACACAGACAUAUUAACGCAGAAGUAUGAAGUGCUCACAACAGUGUCAGCCACUACAACAUAGGUAAGGCAUAGGCCCGACCAGAAGCAUUAACCAGGGUCUCGCCUUAAUUUACUGGAAACAUAAGUUACAAGAAAACCCCCAAAAUGCCCUGCAUAUAUUUAUGAAUGAAGAAAUGGGCUUUAAAGGCCAAAACCCUUUUAAAAUGAAUAAAUAAAUAAUCCAGGCUGUUGUUCUGCCAAAAAAAAGAUGUUUUAAUAUGACAAAUAGUGUUAAUCUUUAGGCUUCCAAUGCCUCCAGUGUACAUCUGAGGAACUGCAGUCUUUUGCACUCAGUCCAAAAACUUUGUUUACUUUAUUUUGCAACACCAGAGAUCUGUACUUGGACUGGGACAGAUUGUGGAAGAGCAUUCGGGCCAAGGAUGGGGAAAAAAUAAAAUUUAGGGGAACAGGGGAAUAUAUUUGAUGACAUCAUACUAUGUCUGCAAAUAACUAUUGGCAAAAUGCUUCACUUACAAUUGCUUGCUCUUCUCUACUUAUUUUGUCAGCUCAUUUGUAAAUAAAAAGACAGAUUAUUAAUAAAAUGCAUGAUAAAUAUGUAUGCGUUAUAAUAAUGCAACAUCUGUCUCCCAGUGCUGGUCAGGCUUUGUUAAACGAGGUCUUAAACCUGAGAAGCAAAGGAGUUACAAGAAUCAACACGGUAUGUAAAUUCCCUCCUGUGCCUUUAUUUAAAACAAUGUCAAAAAUCUACAUAUUGGAUAAAUAAACUGCUGUUUGGUUAUAUUUGUAAUCUAAAUCUCAAUAUACCAACACUACUUGAAUAGACUUUCUAUUUUGUAUUUGAAAGUUUUCUUGUUUUUGCAGGGGAUAGAGCAGAAAGUGUGGAAAAGUGGAAAGUGAGAGUAGGUCAUGAUAAGUUGCGGAAGGACAAGGUUGGAUUAAAACAAACUUCAGUCUCUUUACAGGUAGAAUCAACUGCUAAGCUGCACCAGAGCCCCCAAAACUUACCUGACCAGUCUUGAAGUGGAAAGUUACAUGAAGGAAGUAACUUUUUUAUGAUCAGCUUUUGUUAAUUGUUUGCUGAAGAACCAUGGCAUCAUUGAAUCACUUCUAUUCAGGGCCCUUUCACCUCCAUCAAAGCACCUAUGAAGUCACCUCUGAGGGGUGAGCUGCCCCACCUGUUUAACAAACACACACUCAUUCUCUCACAUAAACAUGCACACACUGCUCUUAUUCAAGUCAACAGAUUUAUUCACACUGUACCAACCACAGCCCUGCUCCACAAAAGCACCUGCUGAGGAGCACCAGCAGGUCCGCACAGGUGAGUAAACCAAACGCACAAAUGUGUUCCUUGAGGGAUGACACUGUACAUACAGGAGCGAUUCAGGCUAACGCCGGGCUCUGUUUUCCUCUAAUCCUUCGUGUCAGCUCAUGUGAAGACAGAAAGCGAUUGACAGGCCCACCUCUCUGCACUUUUGCACGACAAAUGAAUCGAAGCUGUCGGUCCAGCUUCUGUCAGCCAAGAUGUUAUGAAAUCCAGUCAUUAUGGGCCGAUUUGUUUUCAUUCAUGAGGUCAGUUUGAAAAGCAAACACCAUGUGCGGUGUAUUGAAAACCUGCAAGCUUGUGAACAAGAGGAAUGACGGAGGAGAGGGUUAAUGAUGCCCGCCGAUGCAGUGAGAAGAGAAAUACUUAGUGUUCUGAGACUGAAUCAACAUUUGAACUCCUUCAAUCACGAGAGCAGACAGCCAACGCCUGCCCCCACUGUGCAGACUCCUCACCUUACAUAAGUCUGAGCCCAAAGACACAUCUGGAAAUCAGCUCGUCCAACAGCAGGCCUCCGAGUGCCCACAGCGAAAAGGCUGCAGGGACAGACCACACGUUGUACAUCAAUUUGGUUUGGACAUAUUCUUUUUCAAUCCCGUAGGCCUCACUUCAUCUGUCAUUGCUUUCCUCAUUUGAUUUUUGUCCUUGCCAGCUGCUCUGCACAGCAUCAAAUGAGCUAAACCUCAUCUACUGCUGACGACAGACUAUUAACUUUAAUAUUACCUCAGGUGUUCCAACACUUACCAUAAAAUACGGCACACGACAUCUGAAAUCAGGACCGAAGGGGUUUUACAUAAAAGUUGAGUAAUAUGAAGCUAUCCCUCAGAGUGGAGUGAAAGUUAAUAUAAGAAAGAAAAAGGUGAUGGACUGCAGGGUUGAAAGUUUGAAAGCAUAGGUCGGUGAAUACUCUGCUGCAUCCUUAAAACUACACUAUGUGAAUAACAUCUUAUUUUAACCCUAAUCUUGCAUUGUCAAUUAAGCAAAGGAUAAUGAAAGAUGUGCUAGCUUGGCCUGGUAGACUGGACAAAUAUGCAUAACUAAUAAAUAUCUGGGAGAAGAUGCACAUUAAGUUGCUAACAGCGUACUGUCUGCCUUGUUCUUGGGCAGUAAAAUAUCUAAAUAUAAUAUGUCAGUAUGUGGUUUAGGACACAUCCACUGAUAGUAUCAAAAACGUGACAGCUCUUAAAGUGAAACCAAAAUGUUUUGAGCUUGUGGCGAUGAACUGUCAGCAGACUAAGUCAAAACCAUAGACUGUACAUAGAAUGGACGCUGUCUGCCUCCUCCUCGCUGGGUGAAGCCACUCCGAGAACAGCACCCUCUAGUGACGGGCUGCAGUAUAGGUCAUAAAUUCCGCCUCCUCCAGCAAUCCCUAUAGAGCUGUGGACAAACUUUAGACAUUUAUUACACAGAAUAUAAAAUUUUCUCCCCCCUGCUUAUGAUGUUGACAUGUAGUAACUGUCAGACUGGUUUGCGCUCAAGUCCUCUUUUUUCUGUACGGCUCCAUUUUUAUAAGUUAUUAGGGGGUUCAUGAUUUCUAUGAUGGACACUUGAUACAGCCUAUAGGUGUACAGAGAUUGCGUAGCUCACCCGAGGAUACGCUGUUUGAGCCGAGCGUGAUCACAGCUUUUUACUUUUAGGCUUCAAAUCUGUAUACUGGCGGAAGGCGGAACCAAGUUGUCCAUAGUAUAUACAGUCUGUGGUUAAGCCCAUGUUAGGCUCUUACACACUGCCCAUUCAAGGCAGGAUAUUUACAACUCUGUUACAUCUGAUCAAUAGUGUUUAACACCCGGAGGUAAAAUGAUGGGGCAAAGUUACUGCUUCUCCAACCCUCACUAGAAGUCAAGGUUGGUUUUGUCCACUUAAAGACUAGACCCUCAAAGACCUGAUAAAUAAACAGAUAACAGAGAUGUUUAAUUCAUUUUUAGGAGACUGAGGCUGUCAGAACUGCUUUGCAACAGAAACUGAGUGAAAGAGGCACAGAUUCACACAUCAAGUGAAAAGACAAUAUGUGAGCUCACUUCAGUGCCCCCUCUCUGUGCUUCUCUCUCAGCUCUGUCCUCUUCCAUACACAGCACACGCACCUGACACAACACACACACACACACACACACAGACACACACACACACACACACACACACACACACACACACACACACACACACACACACACUCUCUCUCUCUCUCUCUCUCUCACUCUCUCUCUCUUUCUUAAACACAUUCCUACACUUCUUAUAUUACUUCUGCUUGUGUCAUUUCACCGAACCCACAUUGUCUGCUGACGUCUAGCCACACCACAUGCCGACCCCUCGUCCCGGUGGCACAUUGGCCUGUCUGUGAACCGAGGGCGGCUUCUGUCUGUGAGCUCAGCACGGCUGGUGCUUCAGAGUGUGAUCCAGACUGGAAGAGUCAUGAGGUGAAUGUAAACAUUUACCUCUGCUCUUAAUCUCCUAAUUAGGCCUGUUGGGAUGUAAGACAGCCCGAUGAUGAUUGUGUCUGGACUGAAGGAAUUUUCAUGAUAUCAGUAAACAGAAGAAACAGUCGUUGACUUAUGUGUUUUAAAGUGGUACAGAUGAAGUAAUGACUUAAAUCUGCACUCUUUGCUGUAGCCAGUGGGGGGCGACUCUAGUGGUUUGAAAAAGCAGUCUGCACACUGCAACACAUUUUUUGUUAAAUUACAGUUAACCACUGUAUGCUGCUGUUAUUUUACAGUUUGGAUUCACUAGAAACUUCUGGUUUGCCCUGUAAAUGCGUGUCUGAUAGGCUUCUAAUAUCCAAUAAAGAGCAGGGCACCUGUUUCCCUUGUUUUAGGCACGGGGGACUUGCAGGACUGGGCAAAAGCCUUGUCUAGAAACUAGAUCAACAUUGAAAACACAGCUGCAGAGGUCGAUCUUAUUAGAUUGGAUUACACGCAGCUUGUGUUUGUAGUGACCCAGACUCUGCCUCUUGAUGUAUGAAAGCAUGGCACAAUUUUUAUUUGUUUUUAAUUCAACCAAUGCACCUGCACUUGGACAUCAGGAGGUCUGACUUCACAGCACCUCUGCCCAUCAGCUUUGGUUUGCUGACGUUGUUCAGUUGUCUCAGACACCGAAUUUCUUUUAAGUGAGAGUUGACGGUACUUUUCUUGCAGACACUAUGACCACGAGACUCAGUAUUUUAUGUCGGUGAAUACUCCUUUGUGGUUCUCUGCAGGGUGUCCUUAAUUUCCUGACAAAGAAUGUCUUCCGGGUAGUUCUGGUGAAACUGUCUGUUUACUGCCCGAAGUAGGUGAUUCACAUUCGUUGGAGAUAAUCCUAACUGAGGGACAUCUACAAAGCGCGUGUUGUUGUUAUCAACACACUUCCACAAUAUAUUGUGCAAGUUGUGUCAGCUGUAGGCAGAUAUAUUGACAUUUGGUUUGUGCUGUUAGUCUCCAGAUUAAUAGCUGAAACAAAGCACUGUCGAGACUUGACCUUAGACUACACUACCUUCAUCAACUUUAGGUAGCCAGUAGGGUUGGGCGGUAUCCAAAUGUUGAUACCGUCUCCAUAUUUUACCCCCGUAUACGGUAUUACUGUGACUAAUUAAAAAUUAUGACUUAAGGCUCAGACAGCAUCACCAAACUGUUGGCUUGUGCCUAAACCAUUCAGAAACUGAAUACCAAACACUAAUAAUGAAACAAUAACAACAUAGUUUGAACAAUACUGACAACUUUUAUUAGAGCUUAACAGCUUAAAAAGUGCACAACAGUCAAACAAUUAAAUUAACCUGACCAUCCAGAACAGUUUUUGUGCAGGAUGCGCUACACACACAUCAAUUAAAUUAAAUCACAGCCUGAGCAACUUUGAAUAACAAAAAGAGCAGCUUAUAAAAAGUGCAAAUACAACAGUGAAACAGGUAAAUUAACCUGGUCAAGUUAUUCUUAUUCUUAUGUUAUGUCAUUCUUAUUGUUAAUCAAGAGAGUCCUUAAUGUUGGUAUUACCUUACCUGGUAAGACGUCCAGUCUGUUUAGUAGUCUGGUCCGCCUCACACUGUCAUCUCCUUUUUUAUCUUCUGUUUGCUCUCAUUCCUGCACAUUUCACCAAGAGAAACUGUUUAUAAAGAGCUGUAAAAAAGGUAUGAUUCCUUCAAACUUAAUAUGUUUCCACCAGCUUGUCCAAUGGCUGGGUACUGUAAUUUAUCACUGCUUUUAUGUAAGUGUACAGCAGCUGUCUUUAGUAGCUUAAAUUCAUUGGUUUGGGUAUGUUCAUUAGAACAUUUCCAUUUUACUGCCAUGUGACAUAACGUGUUAUUGAUUGAGACUUCAGCUAUCCGUGGAGUUCGGCAGAUUCUUACUCUUUCCCAUAUUUGGUGAGCGAUGAGUUCAAAUAAAUAACCCAGAGAUCCUCAAGUGAUUGACUGUGGAAACAAUAACACACACUUAGAUCAAGUAUUCCUCAGAGGGACAGGUUCAUGUGAGUCGUCCUCCAUGUGCCAAAGUGUUGUGAGUAUCUGUGCAGGCAGGGCUUGAAUAAACAUUUAGAUUACCCCACUCAGCAAAACACAGAGUCCAGACUCGGCAAAGAAUUUAAAAUAUUUCUCUGCAGUGUGACGAGGCACUUUAUAAUUUCCAAGAAAGCGUCAGUGGCCAGGGCCGAGAGACAUACCAGAAACUUACAAGCUGGGAUUCAUUUUUUUUGUUUUAUGAGAAUAAUCCGUAUAUGUGCACGAUAAGCACAGGAUCCACCGAGGCUCGUGUCCAACACAGCUUCCUUCUCCGACUGAGACAAAGUUCUUCGGAAAGUUCCACUGAUUGGUCCAAGAGCAUGUCCUAUGAUAAGAAACAUGUUUUUUUUCUGAUUGGAAAAGAGAAAAAAAGUUCUUAGAAAUCCAACAUUAGUUAUGAAGUUUACAUUUUGCUCCCGUCCAGCUGGUGGCAGAUAAUUUUAACCUGACUGGAUAAGCUCCAUGUGCUCGGUUCAGGUUAGCUUUUUUUUCCGUCAAUAGUAGUCAUUUAGUUAAAUUUAUUUUCAAAUGGGUAGAUUGCAUAAUAGGAAAAUAAUGUUGUUUUUUUAUUUUCAGAGAGAAAAAAGACAUUUGGAGACAGAGGGAGGACUGCUGUUCCUCAACACUGACUCCUUAUGUAACAGGAAGCAGAGGAAAAGGGAGGACACUCUCAGGAGCAUCUCUCUCUAACAAGAGGCUGGAGAAAGUAGACAGACGAGGAUUCAAACCAAGGUGAUAUGGAAAUAUUCUUAAUUUUGUUAAUAGAUUUAUGUCAGUGGAUGAAGAAUUUUUAAGCACCUCAUUCAAAAUAUCUUGAAGCAGCUUUCAUCCGUGUAAAUGGCUGCGGUGCUCGUCAGGUUCACGCUGCGUCUCAGCUCCCUCCAGCUCAUCCUCUGUGUUUCCACACAAAAAUUUACGACCAUAAACACUCAAUGUUGCUGCUCACUCCAAAACUCCACUCUUCACUGCCAUCAUGCUCUGGCUAGAGACCAAAGAAAAUAACAUGCUAAAAGCCCUAGGGUGCAAAUUGCGGUUUGGGUUGAUUUGGCGCUCCCUGUGGACAAAGUGGCACCUCUCAUUUUCUUCUCUCUUUGCUGAUCUGGUUCUUUAAUUGUGACGGAAGUCUCUAUCCUUUUUCCUCUCAGAAAUCAAAUACAUUACCUGUAGAGAGUAUUUGCUGUGGGAAGUGUGUAGAAAUAGCAGUUUCUAGACUGGGCUGUUCAAUAUCUCUCUGACACGGACCCUCAGGAGCUGUUGCAGAUAUUUAUUAUUAUGUAAGUAUAUUAUAUUGAAUAAACCAAUAAUUAUGAGGGUGGUUUGAUUGUUUUUGAAGGUCAAAAAGAUGAAUCAAUAUUGAAUCAAAUAUGUUUUAUACCCUGCUGAUACUCUAAAUAGGAUCUCUAAAUAGCAACAACAAUGUAUCUAUCCAUCCAUCCAUCCAUCUCAAUGGCUUACUCCCAUCCAGAUGGGAAUCUCUGGGUGAGAGGUGAGGUAUACCUGAACAGGUCAUCAGUCCAUCACAGGACAGACACAUAGAGACAAAUGACCAUAACCCUCACAAUCACACUCAUGGGUCAUUUAGAGUGACUGAGUAACUGUCCAGGUGUUUUGGGACUGUGGGGGGAAGCCAGAGCACCUGAAGAGAACUUCUGCAUAUUAAGGAAGGUCCUUGCCCAGCUUGUGAUUCGAAACAGUAACCCUCCUGCAGCGGGACAACAGUGUUAAUGACUCCACUGUGCAGCCUUCAACACUAAUAUAGGAAACUUUAAUCUCAAACAUAAGAUGCUAAAUCUAACUAAAACAGGAGUAAACAAUCACCAAAGAACCAAAACAGGGCUGUCACAAUCAUAUUUCCACAUCAGAAUAAUGAUGGAGCAAUAAAAUUCGGUAUCGUCACAACAUUUGCUGAAUUUGGAAAAAGUGCUUCAGUCAAUACAAUUAUUAAUAUUAUUUUUUUUGACAUGCACAUCUUGAAGCGUGUUUUGAACGUCCAGGCUGGUUUGGGUUUCAUCAAGAAUUAGAGUGAGAUAUGCAGGAUAAAAAUCGAUCCCUAACUACAUUAUCUGAAAAGGUUUUCUGGCUUUGAGAAAAUCAGCAGUUACUCAUUUUCACCUCUUGGCUGUGUUUUCAUAUUUCAUUUGCCCUACAGCAGUUAACCUCAGUUUUAGGACAAUUGCUUGCAGUGACUUUUGUGUAUUCAAAGGGCAUCCAAGAGUCUUCGUUCUCCCAGUGAGUGUUAUUCUAUUGAAUUUUAUUUAUGAUCACAAGUUAUCAGAAUUAUGUUCACUGUAUCCUGGCUUUUGUUUGGUGUUACGUAGUCUUUGGUUUCUUUGGCCUAUAAGCUGAGGAGUUAUGAUGGUUGUUGGCUUUUUUCCCCUCAGAGAAGAUGUUCAUGAUGAAAACACUGGUUGUUUUUAGUUCCUCUUUCAGUGCAGCCUAACCGCCACUCACUCUCUCACCAACUUGACAUCAGCCAAAACACUGAAGUGAAGGCUUCAGAAAAGGAUGUUGACAAACCAAAUGUUGAAACUUCAGAGUGUCUCCUUCCAUUAUUUGUAUUGUUCAUGAUGCACAAAUGAAAGACAAGAUAUUGACCAUACUUUGCCUGAAGUUUGAGAGCAGUGACACCCGCAAUAUAAUGAUGUAAUGAGUAAUAUAUGCAGCAGAAUUAAGAACAGUUGUAUGCAGUGACUGGCUGUUGUCCAGUUCCCAACAAGAGCCUCAGCUGGAUGUAUCAGGCUGACCUGAGCACAGCGUGUUCUUUCCUGACAGUGGAGACUAACAGCAGAAGAGGAGAUGUGAGAUCAGACCCAGCUUGUGAUAAAUCAUGACUCAGCACUGUAGCAUGAUAAGCAAAAGCUGUUUGAACAAGCCCACAUGACAGAGGGAUGAGAGAAACUAUCUCUGCACCUCCCCUCUGUCCCUAUGAACGUCUUUGUUUUUUUUCACUGUUUACUGUUUUCAUCCACGGAGGUCGACCACAUCCUCUGUCUGACGUUUCACUUAGUGACUGUACGUCUCUCAUCUGUGGUUACCUCAACUUUUGAUCCACCUGGCUGUUGCUGCUGUGUGGGGUCAGGCUCUUUUCUGUAUUGAGCUGUGUCGUACUGCCCUCUUGUGGACAACUUGCAGACACCUCCAGCUGUAAUGAACAGAUAAGUCCACUAGAGGUCGAUGUACAUGCACACAUUUGUAGGGGAUGCAGAGGUUACUGCAGUUAUCAAUGAGUUUGUCCAUUGAUUAGGGCCCGAGCGUAGCUGCUAAGCAGCUGCGAGAGCCCUAUUAUUCCUGAUGGAUUCUUCUUUCUUCUUCUUCUUAUUAGGGCCCGAGCGUAGCUGCUAAGCAGCUGCGAGAGCCCUCUUGUUCCUGAUGGAUUCUUCUUUUUAGGGCCCGAGCGUAGCUGCUAAGCAGCUGCGAGAGCCCUCUUGUUCCUGAUGGAUUCUUCUUUUGUUAUUAUUAUUAUUAGGGCCCGAGCGUAGCUGCUAAGCAGCUGCGAGAGCCCUAUUAUUCCUGAUGGAUUCUUCUUUCUUCUUCUUCUUCUUCUUAUUAUUUUUCUGCCCCUUUGAACUGGAAAAUGGCCCACUUCCCACUGGUGAAAAGUCAUGAAAUUUGGCAGGACGACCGGGCCUGGUGAAAAAUUCGAUAUUCUGAAGUCGCCCAAAAAAUCAAAUGCAAAAUGGCUCCAUAGCGCCCCCUAAGGUGAAAAAUUCACAUGAUUGAGUGUCACGCCUGUACGUUUUGUCAAAAUGACACAAAAUUUGACACACACGUGUAUCUCAAUAAGAUCUACAAAAAAGUCAGUGCGGGCGUAUCUGUCAAAUGUACGGUUAAAGGUUUAUUUCGCAUUUUUUGCCGAUCCGCACACAUUGGAAUUUCGCUAACUCCUCCGAAGGUUUUCCUUCCACCGGCACCACAUUUGCUCAGGCCAAUCUACACCCCAUGGCCAAUAAAAGUUGUACAAAUCAUGACGCUGCACCCCACGGUUUACGUUCUAGGGGGCGCCAAAGAUAACCCAAAAAUCCACAGUCUUAAAAGUCUUAUAACUUUUUAUUUUUGUCCUCACUGGCCUCCAAGUUCUCUAGGAUGAUGCAAUGUCCAGCCAUCAACACAUUUGUGAAGGAAUUUUUACUCGCCAAAAGAGCGCCCCCCCAUGGCAGGAGAAAAAUGUCCAUUUUUUCUUGUCUCCUAAGGCGAAAAUACACAUCGUUGACUGUCACGCCUUUACGCUUUGUCAAAAUGACACAAAAUUUGACACACACAUGUAUCUCAAUAAGAUCUACAAAAAAGUCAGUGCGGGCGUAUCUGUCACAUGUACGGUUAAAGGGUUAUUUCGCAUUUUUUGCCGAUCCGCACACAUUGGAAUUUCGCUAACUCCUCUGAAGGCUUUCGUUCCAACGGCACCACAUUUGCUCAGGCCAAUCUACACCCCAUGGCCAUUAAAAGUUGUACAAAUCAUGACACUGCACCCCACGGUUUACGUUCUAGGGGGCGCCAAAGAUAACCCAAAAAUCCACAGUCUUAAAAGUCUUAUAACUUUUUAUUUUUGUCCUCACUGGCCUCCAAGUUCUCUAGGAUGAUGCAAUGUCCAGCCAUCAACACAUUUGUGAAGGAAUUUUUACUCGCCAAAAGAGCGCCCCCCAUGGCAGGAGAAAAAAGUCCAUUUUUUCUUGUCUCCUAAGGCGAAAAUACACAUUGUUGAUUGUCACGCCUUUACGCUUUGUCAAAAUGACACAAAAUUUGACACACACAUGUAUCUCAAUAAGAUCUACGAAAAAGUCAAUGCGAGCGUAUCUGUUCAAUGUACGGUUAAAGGGCUAUUUUGCAUUUUUUCCGAUUCGCACACAUUGGAAUGUGGCUAACUCCUCCUAAAGCUUUUGUCCCAUCGGCUUCAAAUUUGCUCAGGUCAAUCUACACCCCAUGGCCAUUCAAAGUUGUACAAAUCAUGACGCUGCACCCCACGGUUUACGUUCUAGGGGGUGCCAAAGAGGACCCAAAUAUCCACAUUUUUAAAAGUCUUAUAACUUUUUAUUUUUGUCCUCACUGGCCUCCAAGUUUUCUAGGAUGAUGCAAUGUCCAGCCAUCAACACAUUUGUGAAGGAAUUUUUCUCCCCAAAAGAGCGCCCCCCAUGGCAGGAGAAAAAGUCAAGUUUUUCCUGCCCAUCGCUCAAUGGCUCAAAAGCAUCGCUCUCUCGGCAAAACCGAAAGGAGGAGCAACUUGCCAUUUGGAUAUAUACUAGCUGUGUUUGUGCCCUCACUCAUGGUCCAGACUUUUUUCAAAAAGGACAUGGAGUUUGUCUGCAGCGAGCGUUUUGGUAGAAACUGCGCCUCCCAUUCAUUAUAAUGGUAAAUGACCACAGACAAGUGCGCACACCAUCUUUGGACCUUGAGUGUGACGCGAUCAAGAGGGGUAGGCGGUCGCGCUGGGGGCGGCGCGACACGGCUCGGGCCCGCCAGUGCCCCAACGGGGCCCUAGUUAUUAUUUUUCCUCCGCUUUAAACUGGAAAAUGGCCCACUUCCCACUGGCGAAAACUCAUGAAAUUUGGCAGGACGACCGGGCCUGGUGAAAAAUUCGAUAUUUUGUAGUCGCCCAAACAAUAAAAUGCAAAAUGGCUCCAUAGCGCCCCCUAAGGUGGAAAUUCACACUAUUGACUGUCACGUCUGUACGUUUUGUCAUAUUGACACAAAAAUUGACACACAUAUGUAUCUCAAUAAGAUCUACAAAAAAGUCAGUGCGGGCGUAUCUGUCAAAUGUACGGUUAAAGGGUUAUUUCGCAUUUUUUGCCGAUCCGCACACAUUGGAAUUUCGCUAACUCCUCCGAAGGCUUUCGUUCCACCGGCACCACAUUUGCUCAGGCCAGUCUACACCCCAUGGCCAUUAAAAGUUGUACAAAUCAUGACGCUGCACCCCACGGUUUAGGUUCUAGGGGGCGCCAAAGAUAACCCAAAAAUCCACAUUCUUAAAAGUCUUAUAACUUUUUAUUUUUGUCCUCACUGCCCUCCAAGUUUUCUAGGAUGAUGCAAUGUCCAGCCAUCAACACAUUUGUGAAGGAAUUUUUACUCCCCAAAAGAGCGCCCCCCCAUGGCAGGAGAAAAAAGUCAAUUUUUUCUUGUCCCCUUACAUGAAAAUACACAUUGUUGAGUGUCACGCCUGAACGCUUUGUCAUAUUGACACAAAAAUUGACAAUCAUGUGUAUCUCAAUUAGAUCUACGAAAAAGUCAAAGAGCGCGUAUCUGUAUAAUGUACGGUUAAAGGGCUAUUUCGCAUUUUUUGCCGAUUCGCACACAUUGGAAUGUGGCUAUCUCCUCCUAAGGCUUUCGUCCCACUGAUACCAAAUUUGCUCAGGGCAAUCUACACCCCAUGCCCAUUCAAAGUUGUAAAAAUCAUGACGCUGCACCCCACGGUUUACGUUCUAGGGGGUGCCAAAGAUGACCCAAAAAUCCACAUUCUUAAAAGUCAUUUUGGCCACUGCAGGAGUACAGAGUACUGCAGUUCUAGGGGGCGCCAAAGAUGACCCAAAAAUCCACAUUCUUAAAAGUCUUUUUGGCCACUGCAGGAGUACAGAGUACUGCAGGAUACACACACAUAUACACACACGCCAACACACACACACACACACACACACACACACUCAGAGUCUGUUUUUUAGCACCUGCAAAAACAUGCUGUUUACAUAUUUGACAAGAAUGCAGAGGCUUCCUUUUGCCCCUGAAAAAAAUCAAAUUUCAAACACAACUUGACUGUUCAUUUCUCCAAAAGACAACCAUGAAGCUCCAUCCAAACCUGAAGCAGAUAGUUGGUGCAUGUGUACAGUAACCUGAGGGGAGUGAGGUGACUAUUUCUGAGGAGAACAUGAGCAGUGAAGAUUCACCUUGGAGCUAGAACAGGGACGUGCACAUGAUUAUACAGGGGCAGGGGCUCAAGUUUUUUCCAGUCAUUUAUACAAUAUGGAAAUUAAUGUGAAAUUAAAAAACAAAGUAUUAAUAGAAAGGUAAUGACUGUCCUGUGUAGGUGACAGUGAUAUCCAAUAGGCUAGGCACUCACGAGGCUGGCUGUGGCAAGUGUAAGUGAAAGCAACACGCACUGGCAGGAAGAACAGCAAACGCCGAUGAAGGAAAGGGUCUUUGCAGUGAUGGGCGUUACCAGAGAGGACGAUGGCCAGAGGACGCGAAUGGGACGGGGAGGCAGCGCGUUGGGGGGGGCAGCGCGACACGGCUCGGGCCCGCCAGUGCCCCAACGGGGCCCUAGUUAUUAUUUUUCCUCCGCUUUAAACUGGAAAAUGGCCCACUUCCCACUGGCGAAAACUCAUGAAAUUUGGCAGGACGACCGGGUCUGGUGAAAAAUUCGAUAUUCUGACGUCGCCCAAACAAUAAAAUGCAAAAUGGCUCCAUAGCGCCCCCUAAGGUGGAAAUUCACACUAUUGACUGUCACAUCUGUACGUUUUGUCAUAUUGACACAAAAAUUGACACACAUAUGUAUCUCAAUAAGAUCUACAAAAAAGUCAGUGCGGGCGUAUCUGUCAAAUGUACGGUUAAAGGGUUAUUUCGCAUUUUUUGCCGAUCCGCACACAUUGGAAUUUCGCUAACUCCUCCGAAGGCUUUCGUUCCACCGGCACCACAUUUGCUCAGGCCAGUCUACACCCCAUGGCCAUUAAAAGUUGUACAAAUCAUGACGCUGCACCCCACGGUUUAGGUUCUAGGGGGCGCCAAAGAUAACCCAAAAAUCCACAUUCUUAAAAGUCUUAUAACUUUUUAUUUUUGUCCUCACUGCCCUCCAAGUUUUCUAGGAUGAUGCAAUGUCCAGCCAUCAACACAUUUGUGAAGGAAUUUUUACUCCCCAAAAGAGCGCCCCCCAUGGCAGGAGAAAAAAGUCAAUUUUUUCUUGUCCCCUUACAUGAAAAUACACAUUGUUGAGUGUCACGCCUGAACGCUUUGUCAUAUUGACACAAAAAUUGACAAUCAUGUGUAUCUCAAUUAGAUCUACGAAAAAGUCAAAGAGCACGUAUCUGUAUAAUGUACGGUUAAAGGGCUAUUUCGCAUUUUUUGCCGAUUCGCACACAUUGGAAUGUGGCUAUCUCCUCCUAAGGCUUUCGUCCCACUGAUACCAAAUUUGCUCAGGGCAAUCUACACCCCAUGCCCAUUCAAAGUUGUAAAAACCAUGAUGCUGCACCCCACGGUUUACGUUCUAGGGGGCGCCAAAGAUGACCCAAAAAUCCACAUUCUUAAAAGUCAUUUUGGCCACUGCAGGAGUACAGAGUACUGCAGUUCUAGGGGGCGCCAAAGAUGACCCAAAAAUCCACAUUCUUAAAAGUCUUUUUGGCCACUGCAGGAGUACAGAGUACUGCAGGAUACACACACAUAUACACACACGCCAACACACACACACACACACACACACACACACACACACACACACACACACUCAGAGUCUGUUUUUUAGCACCUGCAAAAACAUGCUGUUUACAUAUUUGACAAGAAUGCAGAGGCUUCCUUUUGCCCCUGAAAAAAAUCAAAUUUCAAACACAACUUGACUGUACAUUUCUCCAAAAGACAACCAUGAAGCUCCAUCCAAACCUGAAGCAGAUAGUUGGUGCAUGUGUACAGUAACCUGAGGGGAGUGAGGUGACUAUUUCUGAGGAGAACAUGAGCAGUGAAGAUUCACCUUGGAGCUAGAACAGGGACGUGCACAUGAUUAUACAGGGGCAGGGGCUCAAGUUUUUUCCAGUCAUUUAUACAAUAUGGAAAUUAAUGUGAAAUUAAAAAACAAAGUAUUAAUAGUAAGGUAAUGACUGUCCUGUGUAGAUGACAGUGAUAUCCAAUAGGCUAGGCACUCACGAGGCUGGCUGUGGCAAGUGUAAGUGAAAGCAACACGCACUGGCAGGAAGAACAGCAAACGCCGAUGAAGGAAAGGGUCUUUGCAGUGAUGGGCGUUACCAGAGAGGACGAUGGCCAGAGGACGCGAAUGGGACGGGGAGGCAGCGCGUUGGGGGGGGGCAGCGCGACACGGCUCGGGCCCGCCAGUGCCCCAACGGGGCCCUAGUGUUAUUAUUAGGGCCCGAGCGUAGCUGCUAAGCAGCUGCGAGAGCCCUCUUGUUCCUGCAUGUUUCCUUCUUUCGUUAUUAUUUUUCCUCCGCUUUAAACUGGAAAAUGGCCCACUUCCCACUGGCGAAAACUCAGGAAAUUUGGCAUGACGACCGGGCCUGGUGAAAAAUUCGAUAUUCUGAAGUCGCCCAAACAAUAAAAUGCAAAAUGGCUCCAUAGCGCCCCCUAAGGUGAAAAUUCACAUGACGGCUGUACGCUUUGUCAUAUUGACACAAAAAUUGACACACACAUGUAUCUCAAUAAGAUCUACAAAAAAGUCAGUGCGGGCGUAUCUGUCAAAUGUACGGUUAAUGGGUUAUUUUGAAUUUUUUGCAGAUCUGCACACAUUGGAAUUUCGCUAACUCCUCCAAAGGCUUUCGUUCGACCGGCACCACAUUUGCGCAGGCCAAUCUACACCCCAUGGCCAUUAAAAGUUGUACAAAUCAUGACGCUGCACCCCACGGUUUACGUUCUAGGGGGCGCCAAAGAUAACCCAAAAAUCCACAUUCUUAAAAGUCUUAUAACUUUUUACUUUUGUCCUCACUGGCCUUCAAGUUUUCUAGGAUGAUGCAAUGUCCAGCCAUCAACACAUUUGUGAAGGAAUUUUUACUCCCCAAAAGAGCGCCCCCCAAUGGCAGGAGAAAAAGGUCCAUUUUUUCUUGUCCCCUAACAUGAAAAUACACAUUGUAGAGUGUCACGCCUGAACGCUUUGUCAUAUUGACAAAAAAUUUGACAAUCACGUGUAUCUCAAUAAGAUCUACGAAAAAGUCAAAGGGCAUGUAUCUGUCAAAUGUACGGUUAAAGGGCUAUUUUGCAUUUUUUGCCGAUCCGCACACAUUGGAAUUUCGCUAACUCCUCCGAAGGCUAUCUUUCCACCGGCACCAAAUUUGCUCAGGCCAAUCUACACCCCAUGGCCAUUAAAAGUUGUACAAAUCAUCUUGCUGCACCCCACGGUUUGGGUUCUAGGGGGCACCAAAUAUAACCCAAAAAUCCACAUUCUUAAAAGUCUUAUAACUUUUUAUUUUUUUCCAUACUGGCCUCCAAGUUUUUUAGGAUGAUGCAAUGUCCAGCCAUCAACACAUUUGUGAAGAAAUUUUUACUCCCCAAAAGAGCGCCCCCCCAUGGCAGGAGAAAAAAGUCCAUUUUUUCUUAUCCCGAAAGGUGAAAAUUCACGUUGUUGAGUGUCACGCCUUUACGCUUUGUCAUAUUGACAAAAAAUUUGACAAUCACAUGUAUCUCAAUAAGAUCUAUGAAAAAGUCAAUGGGCACGUAAGUGUAAAAUGUACAGUUAAAGGGUUAUUCCGCAUUUUUUGAAGAUCCGCACACAUUGGAAUUUCGCUAACUCCUCCGAAGGCUUUCGUUCCACCGGCACCACAUUUGCUCAGACCAAUCUACACCCCAUGGCCAUUAAAAGUUAUUCAAAUCAUGACGCUGCACCACAUGGUUUAGGUUCUAGGGGGCGCCAAAGAUAACCGUAAAAUCCACAUAUUUAAAAGUCUUAUAACUUUUUAUUUUUUUCCCCACUGGCCUCCAAGUUUUCUAGGAUGAUGCAAUGUCCAGCCAUCAACACAUUUGUGAAGGAAUUUUUACUCCCUAAAAGAGUGCCCCCCCAUGGCAGGAGAAAAAGUCAAGUUUUUCCUGCCCAUCGCUCAACGGCUCAAACACAUCGCUCUCUCGGCAAAACCGAAAGGAGGAGCAACUUGCCAUUUGGAUAUAUCCUAGCUGUGUUUGUGCCCUCACUCAUGGUCCAGACUUUUUUCAAAUAGGACAUGUAGUUUGUCUGCAGCGAGCGUUUUGGUAGAAACUGCGCCUCCCAUUCAUUAUAAUGGUAAAUGACCACAGACAAGUGCGCACACCAUCUUUGGACCUUGAGUGUGACGCGAUCGGGAGGAAGAGGCGGUCGUGUUGGGGGCGGUGCGACACAGCUCGGGCCCGCCAGUGCCCCAACGGGGCCCUAGUUAUUAUUUUUCCUCCGCUUUAAACUGGAAAAUGGCCCACUUCCCACUGGCGAAAACUCAUGAAAUUUGGCAGGACGACCAGGCCUGGUGAAAAAUUCGAUAUUCUGAAGUCGCCCAAACAAUAAAAUGCAAAAUGGCUCCAUAGCGCCCCCUAAGGCGAAAAUUCACACUAUUGACUGUCACGCCUGUACGCUUUGUCAUAUUGACACAAAAAUUGACACACACGUGUAUCUCAAUACGGUCUACGAAAAAGUCAGCGCGGGCGCAUCUGUGAAAUGUACGGUUAGAGGGUUAUUUCGCAUUUUUUGCCGAUCUGCACACAUUGGAAUUUCGCUAACUCCUCCGAAGGCAUUCGUUCCACCGGCACCACAUUUGCUCAGGCCAAUCUACACCCCAUGGCCAUUAAAAGUUGUACAAAUCAUGACGCUGCACCCCACAGUUUAGGUUCUAGGGGGCGCCAAAGAUAACCCAAAAAUCCACAUUCUUAAUAGUCUUAUAACUUUUUAUUUUUGUCCUCACUGGCCUCCAAGUUUUCUAGGAUGAUGCAAUGUACAGCCAUCAACACAUUUGUAAAGGAAUUUUUACUCCCGAAAAGAAUGCCCCCCCAUGGCAGGAGAAAAAAGUCCAUUUUUUCUUGUCCCCUAAGGUGAAAAAACACAUUGUUGACUGUCAGGCCUAUACGCUUUGUCAAAAUGACACAAAAUUUGACGCACACGUGUAUCUCAAUAAGAUCUACGAAAAACUCAAUGGGCACGUAUCUGUAAAAUGUACGGUUAAAGGGCUAUUUCGCAUUUUUUGCAGAUUUGCACACAUUGGAAUGUGGCUAACUCCUCCUAAGGCUUUCUUCCCACCGACACCAAAUUUGCUCAAGCCGAUCUACAUCCCAUGGCCAUUCAAAGUUGUAAAAAUCAUGCCGCUGCACCCCAUGGUUUACGUUCUAGGGGGCGCCAAAGAUGACCCAAAUAUCCACAUUCUUAAAAGAAUCCACAUCCCCCCCCCCCCAAGGCAGGAGAAAAAGUCCAGUUAACCCUGCCCAUCGCUCAAUGGCUCAAUCGCAUCGCUCUCCUGGCAACACCGUAAGGAGGAGCAACUUGCCAUUUGGAUAUAUCCUAGCUGUGUUUGUGCCCUCACUCAUGGUCCAGACUUUUUUCAAAUAGGACAUGUAGUUUGUCUGCAGCGACCGUUUUGGUAGAAACUGCGCCUCCCAUUCAUUAUAAUGGGAAAUGACCACAGACAAGUGCGCACACCAUCUUUGGACCUUGAGUGUGAUGCGAUCGGGAGGGGGAGGCGGUCGCGCUGGGGGCGGCGCGACGCGGCUCGGGCCCGACAGUGCCCCACCGGGGCCCUAGUUAUUUUUCUGCCCCUUUGAACUGGAAAAUGGCCCACUUCCCACUGGUGAAAACUCAUGAAAUUUGGCAGGACGACCGGGCCUGGUGAAAAAUUCGAUAUUCUGAAGUCAUCCAAACAAUCAAAUGCAAAAUGGCUCCAUAGCGCCCCCUAAGGUGAAAAAUUCACAUGAUUGAGUGUCACGCCUGUACGCUUUGUCAAAAUGACACAAAAUUUGACACACACGUGUAUCUCAAUAAGAUCUACAAAAAAGUCAGUGCGGGCGUAUCUGUCAAAUGUACAGUUAAAGGGCUAUUUUGCAUUUUUUGCCGAUCCACACACAUUGGAAUUUCGCUAACUCCUCCGAAGGCUUUCGUUCCAAAGGCACCACAUUUGCUCAGGCCAAUCUACACCCCAUGGCCAUUAAAAGUUGUACAAAUCAUGACGCUGCACCCCACGGUUUACGUUCUAGGGGGCGCCAAAGAUAACCCAAAAAUCCACAGUCUUAAAAGUCUUAUAACUUUUUAUUUUUGUCCUCACUGGCCUCCAAGUUCUCUAGGAUGAUGCAAUGUCCAGCCAUCAACACAUUUGUGAAGGAAUUUUUACUCGCCAAAGAGCGCCCCCCCAUGGCAGGAGAAAAAAGUCCAUUUUUUCUUGUCUCCUAAGGCGAAAAUUCACACUAUUGAGUGUCACGCCUAUACGCUUUGUCAUAUUGACACAAAAAUUGACACACACAUGUAUCUCAAUAAGAUCUACAAAAAAGUCAGUGCGGGCGUAUCUGUCAAAUGUACGGUUAAAGGGCUAUUUCGCAUUUUUUGCCGAUCCGCACACAUUGGAAUUUCGCUAACUCCUCCGAAGGCUUUCGUUCCAAAGGCACCACAUUUGCUCAGGCCAAUCUACACCCCAUGGCCAUUAAAAGUUGUACAAAUCAUGACGCUGCACCCCACGGUUUACGUUCUAGGGGGCGCCAAAGAUAACCCAAAAAUCCACAGUCUUAAAAGUCUUAUAACUUUUUAUUUUUGUCCUCACUGGCCUCCAAGUUCUCUAGGAUGAUGCAAUGUCCAGCCAUCAACACAUUUGUGAAGGAAUUUUUACUCGCCAAAAGAGCGCCCCCCCAUGGCAGGAGAAAAAAGUCCAUUUUUUCUUGUCUCCUAAGGCGAAAAUACACAUUGUUGACUGUCACGCCUUUACGCUUUGUCAAAAUGACACAAAAUUUGACAAACACAUGUAUCUCAAUAAGAUCUACGAAAAAGUCAAUGUGAGCGUAUCUGUUCAAUGUACGGUCAAAGGGCUAUUUCGCAUUUUUGGCCGAUUCGCACACAUUGGAAUGUGGCUAACUCCUCCUCAAUCUUUUGUCCCAUCGGCUUCAAAUUUGCUCAGGUCAAUCUACACCCCAUGGCCAUUCAAAGUUGUACAAAUCAUGACACUGCACCCCACAGUUUACGUUCUAGGGGGCGCCAAAGAGGACCCAAAUAUCCACAUUUUUAAAAGUCUUAUAACUUUUUAUUUUUGUCCUCACUGGCCUCCAAGUUUUCUAGGAUGAUGCAAUGUCCAGCCAUCAACACAUUUGUGAAGGAAUUUUUUCUCCCCAAAAGAGCGCCCCCCCAUGGCAGGAGAAAAAGUCAAGUUUUCCUGCCCAUCGCUCAAUGGCUCAAACGCAUCGCUCUCUCGGCAAAACCGAAAGGAGGAGCAACUUGCCAUUUGGAUAUAUACUAGCUGUGUUUGUGCCCUCACUCAUGGUCCAGACUUUUUUCAAAAAGGACAUGGAGUUUGUCUGCAGCGAGCGUUUUGGUAGAAACUGCGCCUCCCAUUCAUUAUAAUGGUAAAUGACCACAGACAAGUGCGCACACCAUCUUUGGACCUUGAGUGUGACGCGAUCGGGAGGGGUAGGCGGUCGCGCUGGGGGCGGCACGACACGGCUCGGGCCCGCCAGUGCCCCAACGGGGCCCUAGUUUAAACUUUUAUUGAAGCCACAAGAGAAAAUAACACAUUUAAUUACAACUUCACAUUGGAACUUUACAGUCAUUUGCCAUUUGACUGUUUUAGUUUUUCAAAUCUAUUAACUCUCUUGAAUCAAAACAAUGUAAAAAAUACGACUGAUUCCUCUCAAAUGUUCCACCCUAAACCUGUUGGUUGUCCUUUCUUUUUAAAAAAAAUGACUUUUUUACAGUAAUUGUUAACACUCCAUUAUAUAGAACAUCAUUUAUGUGAUCACCUUACUGCCACAAUCAGUCAUUGAAUCUGCAGUUCAUAAGAAGUAACAUCACUCUGACCCUCUAUAUGUCCUAGCUAAAAGAAUCAAUCAAUAUUCAACAUCAAUUACUUGACAAUAUUAAAAGCCCACAACUGAGAUGUUUUAAAUUCCUCAUGUGUUAGUUUUUGGAGCAGUUGUCCACUAAGAGGUGCUGUAGUUUUGUUUGACAGUAUAUAUAUAUAUAUAUACUGUAUAUAUAUAUAUAUAUAUAUAUAUAUAUAUAUAUUUUUUUUUUUUUCCAGCCUUGGCAUCAUUGACGACAAGUGAGAUCAAUUCGGCAUUUAGUGACUUGUAUCACUAAAUUACUCUACAUAAACUCACAUCUAAGGAAGUGUAUGUGUUUGAUUUUCAGUCAAAAUAUCUCAAAACAUUUAGGGCUCUAUUUUCUUGUAUGCCGGUGAGGCGGCGGAGGGUGGCGGACCCCUUGCAGUUGUAUUUUCGUCUGGCGGAGCCCGGCAUGCAGCCAGUUUGGUAUUUUCGUGGACUGAGCCGCACGGAGGUGAACCGAGAUCCGCCAAGCUGGGCGUGGUGCCGUGGCAGGGGGAGGUGUCGACAGAAUCAGUGGGCGCAGUGACAUUUUUGUGCUCACCAGUGGCGUGUAAAGUGCGCUGAAAGCUCGCCGAUUCAAACCUGGUCAGCUUUCAGCGCAGGCGGAGCGCAGCUGGUCUAGUAGUAUUUUGGGAGACCGGCGGCCUAUAGGCAUACGUCACUGAUGCCUCACAGGCAGGUUUCCACAGUGUCAGGCACAUUUCAGUGCAAUAAAUAAUCAUCAACAACUAAUAAUCUGAGUCAGCACAUACAUUUAUAUCAAUAUAUUCUGAUCUAUAUCUGAUCUGAUGAGCGCGUUUGGCACGCGUUUGGACACACAACCUGACCGAAUCAACACAGCUGAAACCGCAUUAAAUUAAAUUAAAUAUCUAGUAAAUAGACACACAGGAUGAAAUUAACAAGAUAUGUAAUUUGUCUCCCUCCUUUUCUUUCUUCCUCUUCCUCUUAUUUCUCGCGCAACUCGACCUGGACAUGUCUACGGGUUCUCUCCCCGUCCUGCUGCAGUGGCUGAACAGAUGAUUUGUUUCAGUGCUCAGAUGAGUUAUUUACUUUAAGCCGACAUACGGAUAUUAUAAUAUUCAGUUUUGUGGGCCAAAUUUAUUUUAUAUGCCAACAUCUAUGAAAGAAAGAGCCAGGCCGCGGAGCGGGAUGCGUCAUUUACACACAGAUGGUUCACAUUUUAAUGCCAUUUUUGGAGUUUAUGUUGUGAUCUGUGCACACAACCCACCUUUAUCAUGUGAGGUUUAAAUAUAUGCAACUUUAUGCGAGUGUCUUUAUUUGUGGAAAAGGGUGAUUGUCUUACCAGUGGGUCCAACAUUACACACACCAAAUCCAUCUGUGCUCAUAUGAGAGAGUGUGGAGGACGCCCAAUGCAGCGCUUACAGUGACACUUGUUGAGGAGCUGCCUUCUGUCGCCAUCGUGUGGCAUUACUGUCUUCAGACAUCUCUCGAUCUCUUUGACUACUUCACUAAAAUUGGAAUACACCUCGCUGGUGGCGGAUUUAAAGGCAAGGAGAGGAGCUUAUGUGAUUGGUGAAAACAGGUCUCGGCUGUGUUAAACCCAUUCGAUGCCCUCUCUCCUCCCUCGCUACGACUUACGCCGCUGGGAGGAGCUGAGUUAUGGAGGGGGGAUACUCACAACGGGCUGCGCCGCUCACCAAAAUACCAACUUGUGCUUGAGAACGCCUUGUCGGCCCGGCGGACCUGACUUACGCCGUGCCUGCGUCACGUCUCCGGCGAGGCACGAAAAUAGAGCCCUUAAUAUUAAGUCACAUUCAGCAGAUAAGAGAGGAAAACGGUCUAAUUUCAAAGUAUUCUACGACAGAAUGAAGGCAUAAAUGCACAGGAAGCAAAGGUUUUGGUUUUGUUUAGGAUACAAAUUUUUAUGCAAAUCCCAAGGAACCUAUCAACAAAAUAUUUCGACCACAAAUUACGAGAAAUCACUCAGUGCUAGUUUUUACAGGAAACAUCUGCUGUCCUCUCAGUGCAGCAGUAAGUGAGAUCUGUUUAGGAAAAAGUGACAAAAAUACAAACUUUGUUGUUUUUUGAAACACGCACCCUUAAAAAAUAAAUAAAUAAAUUGAUAACUGAUAUCUUUUAAUGACUUGCAGAAGAAAAACAAAUGAUCAGCAACAUGAAUGAAUAUUAAUAAGUAAUUUUUUUGUAAGGGUAGGUGCCACACGAAUCCAUAAACAGCCUGCUGCAGAAACAACCUUUGUUUAUUAUUUGGCAAAUAUACAUAAUUCAUCAUUCAUCAGUUAUUUAAUUAUCAGCGGACAGAAGGGUGAGACAGGUACUGCUCUGAACAUGGAGGGUGCCAACGGAAACCAAAGGUUUCCUUAUGGGAGCUUUAAAAUCACACACAGGUAAGAGUAAGAUUCAACUAUUCUUUCUACUUGGCUUAAUUCCAGUGGUAUUUGACCACAAAACUUCAACUGUACUUCUGUUAUACAAUACACAAAGAAAACAUGAGUCCAGAGUAGUGUCCGUGUCAGUGAUGGUAACAGCUCGAAAACUUUGCAAAUGGAAAACAAAAUCCCUUUCAUUUAGAGCCCUGCAUCACAGCUGAUUUUCAUAUUUCAGUGACAUCAGUUUCAUUUCAGCAUGUCAUUAACCUGCUUUCACACAUGUGCCUUCAUGCAGAGUCGAACAUUUAUCAUGAUGAAAUAUCCUGUGCAAUCUACACUUUUUAAAGAAGUGGUAUUGGAAUACUUUUUCACUAUACCUAUGUUGGAGUUAUGGGAUAUAAACAAAUUAUAUCUAGUAUACGGAGGAUUUUAUUGUAUUUAUUUAUUUUAAGAAAACAGGUUGCAGAAAAUUUUCACCUCAUUCAGAGGACAGAGCCUGAAGAGUCACAAAAUUGAGGAUUAUUUGAAAAUGUACACAGACAUAUAAAGAGUUGAUCUAUUCACCCCUACUUAAUAUGGCACAGCAGGAUCUUUUCCUUCCUCUUCUAUCGCUGGCGUCCGUUGCAGGGGAGAGCUGGGUGUCUCUCUUAUCUGUGACUCAUUAACUGAUAAAAAAAGUACACACAGCAGUCGGCUCUCAUCCCAUCACCUGGUUUAAAAAGUGCAGGAAGCCACAAGCUGCCAUAGACAAGGAAGUCAGCUUUAAUAUUUCUCAGUAAACACUGUUAUGGACUCUUAUAGGAUCAGAACUACUGCACGAUGUGGCAGACAGUCUUAUGGGUAUCGCCGAGAAAACCCCCACACACUCUCCCACUGUAAAAUGUAAAUGAACACUAUCUAGAUUUCAGAGGUGUGCCAAUGUUUAUAUGUGCCGGUUCUAAAAAAUAUAACCAGCAACAAGACAGAAAGCCUGUUUGGAGUCUUAACUGUGCAGGAACAGAUGUCCCACAGUGCAUCUGAUGCAGAGACAACGUUACAGCAGGAUAAACAGUGUGAUCCAUGGGGGUUAUUUACACCUGAAACAAGGUUAGCCACAUUUCACUCAGUCAGAGCAAAUCAGAAAUGAGUUUAUAGCUGCAUUUAUUGACUUUGUUUUGUUUGUUUGUUUUUUGAUGUUUCAUGAAUGAUAAACGAUGAAUCAUCUCAGCUGCUUGUAUGAGAAACUUGUGUUUUAUAUAUUUAUAUUACACAAGUUAUAUGCUACAUCCUGACCCCUGAGGCUCGGUUUUUGAGCAGGGUUAUCCUGAGGCGUGUGUCUGGGGCGUGCUGAAUCUCAUGUACUUUUGUGGUUAGCCGUACUUGCAACUGCAGGGCACUUAGGCGCAGGGUGGGAUGAAAAGAAAACUAAGAGGAUGUCUGAGGUAAUGACAAUGACAAUGCCUUAAUUUUGACUUUUAAUUCAGUUCAGUCCCAUUCAAAAAACUGAGUCUGCCCUGAAGGGAUCCACAGAGUACAAGUAUUAGAACUCAAAACCAAGUAUAAAAGAAACACUAUAAUACAUAUCACAGCAACAGUGCAUGAUUAAUGAUAAAUGAAAAAUGAAGAAAAAGGGCUGUCAAAGGAUUAAAUUCAUUAAUCAUGAUUAAUCCCAGGAUUGUUCAGUAACAAGACAAAUCUCAAAUUAAUUAUGCAGUUUUUUAACUGUUGUAAAAGUAACUUGAGGGGAUAUUUGUUCAGUUUUUAACACUUUUAUCAAAAGGAAAGAGGACAAUAACAAAUAAAGGUUUAAUUUAAAAAUAAAGGAAUAAAUGAUUGUUUAAUGUAAAUGUUUUAAUAUGUAUGAAGGUCUGUAGGAGCCACUACAAAAACUACGGGUAAUUUAAUUCACUGAAUAUUUUCUGACUUAAAAGACAGAAUUCUAAGUUUAGAGUCACAAUUCUGAGAUUGAAGUGAAUAUUUUUAUUUUUUCCAUAAUUCUGAGAUUUUCUUUGGAUUAAGGAUUGUGAAAAUGUGUCUCCAAAUUCUUUGAAGAAAAGUCUGAACUCUGAAAAAGUCAAAGUUGAAGAAGUUUCACCCUUUUUAAUUUCACAGCCCUAUCCUUUUUGAUGUUAAUGUACUGAUAUAAAGUGAUAUUGUAUGGAUAUACUGUAUGUAUUUAUGGCUGAUGAUCAGACUAAUGAAGGCAAACAAAUAUAUGUUGACAGAGCCGUGAAGAAAUUGAUUUAUACUGAGUGAGUAAAAUCAAUAAAAUGAGUAAAGUAAGUACAGUGUUUAAGGACAGUAAUAUAAUACAGUAAUAUAGUAAACUAAAACCAAGUAUGACCUGUGGAGGACUAAAGAACUGCUCUUUGUGGAUCUACUCUAACUGCUCUUUGUGCCAUUAAAAAAAGAUAAAGAACUGUUUCCACACAUGCACAGACUUCACAUUUAAUGGCAGACAUGGUUGGGUUGAUCCAUCAAGAGAGGAACUCACAUGUAUGCUACCAAACCAGUGAGAAAUUAUCGCAUGAAAAAAAUUGCACCAGGCUCUUAGAGUUUUAUUAUCCCAGUUUUUUUUUUUUUCCAUGUAAGCCAGGUGUGUAACUUCCUCAGAAUUUAUAAAGAUUUCCUGUGUAAUAAAGCCUCAGAUGGCAGCAGUCACACAUCUUACUAGCUCGCUGUUUCUCAAAGUCUCUGCAACCCUCUAACCUAGUUUAUGCUUUUUUUUUUUUUAAGUAUCCGUUUAUUUGUGAUUACCUAAAAGUUUCUUGAGUCACGGCCUUUGAGUCAAACAUGCAAGGUUUCUUCACUCUGGCUUUAGGAAUGUUUACUCUGUCUUGUUUGCACAUAGAAGCACAAGUUAACUCGAAACUGGAAAUAAAAAAAAAUCAGUCUUAAUUUGGUUAAACAUUAAUUCAUGAGACAAUGUAAAUCGAUUUCCAGCGAAUUCACCAUACCUUACCAUAGGCUGCACAGAUUACAUGCAAACAGACUGUUUAUGAGUGGGGAUGUUUAAAGGAGGCUCAAUAUAUACAGAGUAUGAGCUUCUGUUGGUUUCUCUCUACAGUUAUGUUUGGAUCUUAAAUUGUUCGUGGCUGCAGGUUGUUGCUUUUUCACUCGCUGGUGGUUUUGUGUCAGAAUGUUGUUUUUUUUAAUGCGCUGACGAUAAAAGGAUUGUCAUUGAGAUUCAGCUUCUAAAGUCAGAAUCUGACGACUUUAAGUCCAGAUCUCUGACUUUGUUAAGCAUGCAUGUUUUUUUUGAUUUACGUAACAGAGGUGGCAAGAUCUCAGGAAAAUACUCUUCAGAGAUUAAACCUGUCAGCUGAAAGCAAGUUGAACUGAAAAUAUAUGGAAACAGAAAUUUUAAACUAAACAAGGUACGUACAGUAGUUACUGUAAGACUGGUCCCUUUUUUUCUGUAUAGCUCAAUUUUUCAAAGUUAUUAGGGGGUUCAUGGUUUCUAUGAUUGACACUUGAUUCCGCCUAUUGGCGUACAAAGAAUGCGUAGCUCACCUGGGGGAUACGCUGUUCAAGCUGAGCGUCAUCACAGCGACUCUACCACCAAAUGCGUACAACACUACUGCGCCAGUGGUGGUUCCAGGGAGUGAAGAAAAUCCUGGAAAUACUGAGAGCAAUUCGGCUUCAAAUUCGUAUAAUGGUGGAAGGCGGAGCCAAGUUGUCCAUACAGUCUAUGGUCAAAACAUCUUGAUGGUGACUGUCAUUUCUAAAUAGCCAUAAAAUAACCAGAUCACAUGUGAACUCAAAUCUAUUGGCAAAAAGGAGUUUCAUUAUGGUAUGUUUGCUGAACAGUAUGAUUUUAAUUAUUUCUGUCGACAGUUUGAAAAAAAGGUCACUCUCAAAUAGUUGCAGUGCACAACUUGGAGGAAAUCUUUUAAAUAUUAUAACGUUAUUAUAUUAACAGUCGAGGAAAGAUGGAGCCGAGUCAUAGAGACAUCAACCAAAUUAAAGAAAACAGCCAUAAAGUAUAAACAUAAACCACAACAGGGAAUGGAUUUGAAAGUGUUACAGGAUGGGCUAAGUGAAGAAAAAACACUGACCAUCUUUAAAAGCCACAUGAGGAGGAUCUUAGGGUUUAGGGUUAGUACCUUACUAAUCAAUUACAUCAGUACAUCUUCUGCCAACAGUUGAGGUAGUUGACCCACCUGGUGUAAAUUCAACGUAACGUUCACUUUAUAUAUCAUUAUUCUAAUGAGAUUAUGACUUAAUUCAGAAAGCUCAUGUGGUUUAUGCUUAAACGAGAGUGAAAGUCAGGAGAAAACAUGUUUAGCUUCAGCCAAGAAAUGAUUAAAAAGUCAGACAGGAGCUGCUCUGUAACACCAGACAGACAAUAACUUCUUAGCAACAGACGAGCCCCCGGCCAUUGUUCCUCUCUUUUAAACACCCGGUUUAGAUGAUUCAUUUGUUUGUCUCUGCUCAAAGUCUUGCAUACAAAUUUCAGCACAUCCAAUGGAGAGGGAAAUUGCAAAAUGUCCUGUUAUGCAGAAAAACCUUUGUGAGUUCUUAAAAAGUACUCAUUUCUGGCUGGAGGCAUCAGAGUGUGUUGUCGGCUGUCUGACCUGAGAUGGCAGGGCUUGACUCGAAAACAAAGACAGAUGCUUUGUUGACAGUUUUACUGCUUGGACGAGGAUUUAUUUACUUCAGAAGAGCCAGAGCUCUAAGAGGGACAAAAACAGAGACUAUCCCACAAACCAGCGGCAGGAAAAGUCCUGCAGCUACAAAACAAAAUAUGAAAACAAUAUAUCCUUUUAAACUUGGCCAAAGUGUGAGUGGGAGCUCAGAAAGGAUGACACACUCUGCUCCCAGCCUCCCUCAUCCAUACUCCCCAUACCUCCAACCCCUAAUCUCGACUGCAGAUGCAAAUAGUGUAAAAAACGUCCCUACCAAACAUUUGCAUUUAAACAAAUGGACAAUGAUCAUUUUGAAAAGCUGCCUCCUCAUGACUGCAGUGAGAGGUGGCAUGUUCCCUGUGUCCCUGCCCUCCUCACCGUGUAGUUAAAGCUCCCGCCGUGGCGAGCCACACACAGUAUGGUGCUGCUCACUGGGAUUUAGCUACUGUAGGCAAAUACAAGAGAGGGAGAGCACAGAGGCCCCUGUGUGUGUGUGUGUGUGUAUGUGUUUGUGUGUGUGUGUCAGACUGCUGCACAGCAUCAUGGACACAGGUGAGACACUCAUUCUUAUACAGGCUGACAGCUGCUGCUCCUGCUGUCACUCUUAUUGUACAAGUUAUGUCUUUUUUUCUGCAUAUAAUUUACAAACGUUUUAACUUAUAAAGUUCAACUUUUUUGAUUUUAUGCUUGUGCUUUUAUUUUGAAGUUUAUUUUGGAAACUGAACUGGAUUCAAUCUGUGACAGUUUAGGAAUAAAAAAAUUGAACUUUUAAAAGUUAAAUUUGUGAAGUUAGCUGAUGUUUGAUUUGAUUUAGAUUCAGGAUGUUUAAUUUAACUCUGUGCUUUUUUUGUUUUAGUUAUAAGGUCCGUUGAUUUUUGUAAGCAGGGCAUUUUUUCUAUCACUUCACGACAUGUCUGCUUGAAUUAAUAUUUUUUGUUCCUUGAUUUGGAUUUUAUUUGCUGAAUAAGUUAAUUACAUACUGUGAUAUCAGAUAUGUAUCAACAUGAGCAAUUUAAGAUAUCAAAAAAAGCAAUUUCACGCUCUCUUUAUUCAGUUUGAAUAAAUCAGUGUUUGAUAUUUGGAAUAUUUUAAAUCUAAAAUAACCAAAAAUGGUCAGAGUUUCAAAAUAUCACAUAAACACAUGUUAAUUUAAUCUAAAAUCCAACUGAGCUGAGUGUCUUUUUAGCAUAGACAUUUUUACUUUGGUGUAAUUGACUAAGAAUUAAAGUUUUUGUUUGUCCUGGCCUCUGGUUAUGAAAAUUGUUUAAAGCUUCUGUGAGAUUUUUUUUUUGACAUGUAUAUAACAGACUUAAAUUCAUAUUAAUGCCUUAAUGUGAUCUUUGAAAGACAAAAAAAAAAAAAAAGCAAUAUUCAUAAUGUCUUUGUUAAUUUCCAAAACUGGUGCAGGGGGUAGGUGUCAGCUAAGCAGAUGAAGAAACAGCCCGGUUUCUAUAAUUUCCACAUAUAAUAUACACAACAAUCGAUACAUUUGAUCAUCAAAAGUCAGCAUGAUGAGACUCUUCUUGGCUGAGGACACUACAUAAGCCUGUAGAGGACAAGAUAGGCAAAGAUUGUAUUAUCCACAGGGGGCGCCAAAUGGACCCAGAGGUUUCUCACAGGAGCUUUAAAUUGACAAAUCAACUUAACCAUGUUUUCAGCUUUUUCUAUUGAAAUGAGUCCAGCUCCUAUUGUUGUAAAACUAAUAUAAAAUCAAAUAGGAUCUAGGAGAGUUAGUCCAGUGUGCAGUGAGGCUCAGUGAAUAACACAAGACAAAUAUCAGAGCCUCAAAUGAUGGCAACAACCCUCACUCUCAGCUGGUGAUGGAUGGAUGCCCUAAGUGAUGCAUUCAUCCACCUUCUCUGUCAUCUCUUAAGCUUUUCUGCUUUCAAAGAUAUGUUUUAUUACUGCAAAGUCCAGAGUUUGUUGCUUCGGUGCAGUAGCCUUUUUUCUCUGUUGCUUUAGUGAGCACAGUGUUGCAUGUUGAGUUUCUAUUUACUGUAUUGCUACCUUGCAGUACAGUCAAAUUGCAUGAAUACAAAGUGGCUGUUGGACUGAUUCUUUCAGCCUUGGGGGUUGCUUGUGCCAAGUUAGUUGCCUCUUUGUUGUGUUGUGCUCCAAAACGUGCUGACUUUACAACAGCUGACAUAAAUGAAUUGCUGAUGCCUGAUCAGUUCAAAAAUGCUCUCAUGGGCUGCGAUCCCAUCAUGAAGAUCCAAAUAGGGACAUCCUAAGGGGAUGAUGAGGGGAGCCCAGGCUUAUCUACAAUAUCAGUUUAAAAAGGUUGCAUCUUUUACAUAAAGUUUUUUGCAUGCAACACCCUUUUGCAUAAUAAAGUUUGCAUUUUUAUUGAGUUUAUGCUUUGCUCUCCAGGAAUAUCCCCAAAUCACAGCCUGCACACCUUUGAGAUUUGUGAAGAUUAAUUUUAUAUUUAACCAGCUUCAUCUGUGCUGCAACUUUCAGACAUUUCUUUGUUUUUAUCAUCACCCAAACUCCUCUAGUUUUGUUUUCUUGCUGUGAGUGCUUGCAGCAAAUUGCCUCUUUUUAGCUGUCCAUUUGCAUUGACCAAACCAAAGGCGAUUUCCAUGACAUUUACACACCAAUCCCAAAGAACCAUUCGCCUAUAUGAAUAAAACUGUCGAACAUUCAAAUGAACACUCAUUUGUGGGGAUGAAUGAAAAUUUGUAUGAAGUCAAACUGUUGCUAGAUUUGUAUCUUUUCUGUAUGUUGAUUCCUAAGCCGUCUCUCUUCCCCGUGUAGAAUACUCUAAAAGGGUGUACCAAGGCGUCCGAGUGAAGCACACAGUCAAAGACCUGCUGGCGGAGAAGCGAUCCCGACAGACAAACGGACCCAGAUACAGUGUAAGCACAACCUCCUCUAAACCACUCUGCUUUUGUCUCUCCUGUCUCUCCCCACUUCAUUUUUCUCCCAAACCAAACAACGCAGCCACAGUUGACAUUCUGUUGGUGACACAAUUAAGAGGUCGCCUUUUUAAAAAAAUCUCCUCUCCUUGUUUACAUUUUGGCUCGUUUUGUGCGCCAACGAUCCAUGGUCGAUCCAUUGACCACCUGUACCUCCCCCCCUCUUUUCUCCUGCUCCCCUCAGGCACUCUUAAAGCCAUUCUGUAAAUAUCUGUGUGUAGAGAGGGACACAAAGGCCUCACAAAAGAAUACUGACACAAUGCUCGCAGAGGUAGCAGCCAUUAAAUCCUACAAACUCCCCUGAGGUGGAGGUGGGGGCGGGGUGGGAAGCCUGGGGUGGACAGGUAGGCAGAAAAAGGGCCAGUGAAGGAAGCUUCCUAUGCAAAGUUUGAUCCCCUGCACACCUGCCAGUUCACAUUGUCCUGUGCCAUGUACAGGCCACAGACAAGCCUCCUAUUGUUGUCUCAGGAACACACGCCAGCACACUCUCUCACACACAGCCGCAGAUUCUGCUUUAGACGUCUGCAUGCACAAGCACGACUGGGCUUUUCAGUUUGCACAAACCGCCUGUCAAAAGGCUUUUCCAGGACAGCGCUCACUGUUUGCUCUCCGUUCAGCAUCGGCAUGUCCACUCUAUAGAUAUGCAUGCUGCUAGUGUCUCGUAUAAUGAGAGAAUUGAGAGAGAGACAAAGGAGAAGAUACAAUAAGGAAAGAGAGAGAGAGAGUGAAAGGUCCAACUAUGACCCUCCUCUGGUGCAAAGUUGGAAAUUAUAAAUUACCUGCUGAAACUUUACAAGACUAAAAUAUUAAUGCAAACAGAAUUUAAUGUUUUACACAUCACCUAAAUCCUUUAUUAAAAUGAAAAUUGAACAAAGAAAAACGUUGACACUGAUUUUCUUAUAUAUUAUGAAAAUUAUAUGCUUAUUUUAAAAUUGAUGCAAGAAACAGGUUUUUAAAAAAUUGGACAGGGACAACAAAACAAAACAAAAAAAAGUAAAAAAAAAAGGUGGUGAGUAACAUGACUGCAAAAGCUAGAGAGCUUGGGUCUCUCAUAAGUAAAGCUAAACAAUUUCACGAUGUUUCCUUCAGGUGGCAAAAACAUGGGCGACUCUGUAGUGGAAGUCAAUGCAUAUGCUCAAAAUCAGUGGUAAAAAAAACAACAACAAUGCCUGUGAAUGCAGUUUGUUUCUGCAUCUACACAAGCAGGUAAAGAUUGUAAUAAACAGUAAACCACAUUAAAAACAUGACCCAGACUCACUGGCCAAAGAUCCACUCGGUGCGUUUACAUGAUGUUCUAAAACAUGAAUCUAUCACCUCAGUUUGACUGAAACUGGACUUUCAAAAAGCAUGUCAACAGUCUGACUUAAAUCACGCGAAAUCAAACUUCUCUCAGUCGGACUAACAUACCUGGAUUAUGUGGUCAGGGACUGAUUUCCUCUUCCAUAUACGCCUCAGUCAGACUAAAACUGGUCUAACCGUUCUAAGCAUGCUCAGGCUUUAAUCUGGAAGUAAUAAAUACGAAGAUGGGUGGUGAACAAAACCUUAGCAGUGAAGGGAAUGUAAAAAUAGAUAAAGUUGUUGUAUUAUACAAAAAAUGACAGAGCUGCAAUAGAAACAGUGUUUUAAUUUCUAUUUUUAUUUUUAAUGUUUGUUUUGGUACGUAGGUCAUGCCCAGUCAUAAUGAACCAAAAGGGAGCAUGUUGCAGAGGUGGAUAUGUUUCUGUCAAAAUAUUAAUUCUUGUCCAGAGCCUGUAAACUGGGACAAGAACAGCAGUCUAGUUCACUCAUCUAAUUGAGCUUAACUUAACAUGCAUGUAAACAUUAUGGCUGCUCUCCUCUACUAUUAUCUACACAACCAAGUAGUUUUUAUAUCAAAUUGAAUAUGGACUGAGGUGGAGAUGAAAGGAGCCUUUGGUGUUUUGUUAAAAUUUGACAUUCUUUGUGGAAAUCAUGGACACCAUUUCCUAGGCUCCAAAGAGCAGAAGGACUACCUAGUCUUAGCUUUUCACCCACUGAAAACUUUUGUCAUAACAAAAAAACAUGCCAAAGGAAACCCUGAACUGAGCUGUUAAAAAAGGGACAUUUCACCCUCAGAAGUCCAGAAACUGGUCUUCUUGGUUACCAAACGUUUACAGAGUCCUUAAAAGCAGAAGAAAACAUGCAACACUGGAAAUCAUAAAUCAUGGUCAGUUUUUUACUCUUAUGAAAUCAGGGUUACAAUAAUAAUACGACACCCUGAUGUUUAAAAAUAGAAACAUCCAGUGAUUUGUAUUAGACACAUUGCUGUACUUUUAAAAAAUUAAACUCUUUAACAACUUUGGAAACACUAGAAAGAGCGAGCUGGAUACCAUUUCUGCUGUGACAAAGAGACUUUUGACUUUAUUGCAGGUAGCGGAAAGGUCACAGCGGUUUAGUUGUGUACAGGGAAAGUACAGAGUAGGAAGACAGCAGUGGUUGUCAGCUGUACUGGUGAUAGAUCGGAACUUUAUUUAAACACAAAUUCCCUGGAGCUAAAAGAUCGAAUAUACAUGUGGCUGAGUUCAGCUUCAGUUGGCAAAGACAAACAAAUAUUUGGAGGGUGCAGGUGGCAAACAGGGACAGUAGAGCUGGUAAGAACGCCACAUUAGGUCAUCACUGUUUAAAUCACCCAUUUAGGAUGUAUUUUAUCUCAGAAGAAAGUAAAACAUAAGAGGAAGUUUAGGGAGAUGCAGUGCCCCCCUGGUUUCUGGAUUAGUGUUUUCAAGCCUUGAGGCUGGCCGUUGGUAUCUUUAAAGUCAGAAAUGGCAGUAUUUGGAUGUGAAGUUUGUGAUGAUAUUUAGAAAAUAGGACAAAAAGGAGACUCUCAGAUUGUCCAGGAAAAAAAGCAGGACAGCCUGUUGUUUCUUAACAAAUGUCACUAAGGCGUGUUUUCUGUUCGGGUUUAUCAGCAGUUCUGUUCUGUUCAUCUACCUUACAGUUAAAAAAGAGAAUAACUCCAAACCCAAUAAGUUCCAGCCUGAGCUUAUUUGCAUGGGGAACAUUUCUUUACAGUGAAAAAUCAAAUGUAAAUCCUCAGUGAGAGCAAAAAUUUAGAGAUCAAGUUGAAAAAAAAGUGUAUACAAGCCUCUUAGGGGCAGAGGGGGCAGGUUUAAGUUACAGAAAGCUAGAGCAAAGAGUAGUCUGAAAGUAUUGACAGACAACCUUGUGCAUGAUUGGUUUUAUUCGUACUGCUUGAUUCUAUAUAUGUGGAGUCAAAGUCCUCUGACCUGUGAGAGACAGAGGCUGAGAUGUAUUUCACAGGUGAGCAUCACGCAACAAAGGACAGGGAUAAUUUAGUGAGUGCAGAACACAUAGUCAACAUGACACCAAGUCCUGACCUGCAGCAUGUGGAAGCAGCAGCAGGUUGAAGUGGAGACAAGUGUCUCCGUCAGGGGUCAACGAGUCCACAGAGGACUAAAUAAUCACAGCUCACUGAAAGGCUUUUUUAUCCUCACAGGAUAGAACCAACAAGCUCAAGUUUCUGAAUUACCUUCAAAUUCGGUGACUAAGAUUCACUUUGAUAGUGUUUUUGUCAUCUUAAAACUGAGCUGCAUUCUUUACAUCAGUAUGACCAAUAACCCUGAUUUAAAAUACAUGCAGCGGUAUAAUGUCCAGAAGCUGACGCUCAAAGAAGCAUCUUUGGACGAAAGGAAACAGCCUCUAAGCCUGUCAACAGCCUGUUCGCUGAGCAACACUCUAUACUACAGUCCCUCCAAAAUCCACAGCAGAAUUCAAUUAUUUAUAUGCACUCAAGGUAGACUAUGUAUUAUAAAGAGGAGCUGUUUUGCAGGGUCAUCGAGUGUCAGAGAGAUUCACAGAUGAAUUGAGUGCUUCUCAGCCUCACCUCUGUGCAUGUAGAAAUGAGGCAUAAGAUAAGGAAAAGACAAAGCUGUUGUAUCGUACAUACUGGGCUGUUGCAGUUUACCAGUAUUGGUGAUAAACAUCAGUAAAAAUAAAGAAUAUGUAUAUGGUGCUGAUAAACAUUUAGUAAAACUGAGUUCAUAAUAGUGGUUUCUUACUGAUGGUUGCCACGUCAUAAAACAGAGGAUAGAAGAAGAAGAGUAACAGCUGAAAUAGACCUCUGAGAGAUGAUUAGACACCUUUUUUUCCAACUUUCCCCAACAUAUGAAGUUGUAUAUUUCAAAAUAAAAUAUCAAAAUGUAGGAUAAAGGGCAACCAAAGCACAAGACAGGAUAAAUGUCAAACAAAUGUUCAAUAAGCAAAGUCCUCUCAUUCAUAAAUACUUCAAUAAUAUGGUUAUAUCAUAUUGUUAUUGUUAGUGCAGUAUGAAUACUCAUAAUAGAAAUCUGGACAGACCAAGUCCAACUGAGCUGCUGCUGUAAAGGAUAUUUUAGUAUUUAUUUAGCCAAAAGAAACCUACAGUAGUCAGACUCUGAGGUAGUUUGAUAACAUCUUCAUGCAAAGAAAGUUGAUUUACAACAAAAAAGUCAUUUACAGAAACAGUUCUUUAAAUUUCUUUGAGGGAACCUUCCCAAAAGGAUAAAUAAAGCUGUAUCUAAUCUAAUUUAGUGUAAAGGUCAUUUUUAACCUUCUAUUUCAGGUCAAAGUAUAGAAAGGUGAUACCCAGCCCAGACUGUGCUGUGAAUUUCAGCACCUUUUCACUGCUUGUGUACUUGUAAAUGACGCAUGAAGUCCUUAUCAUGCACAGAGACUCACAGUCACUAAAGCCUGCCCUGUCCUCAUGUGAGCUAAUGCCACCUUUUAUCAGAGGGAAUAAAAGGCCAUUGAGAGCUUAGAGCAAACUCUGACCACAGACUCAGACUCCUCAUGUCGGGACACGGAGAGCCAGAGUGAAAAUAGAGCGACGUCUAACAUCAUUUCACCUCAUCUGUUUCUCUUUUUUGAGAACGUUUCCAUUGAGGCGCUGUGCCCAAACACGCUGCUGUUGCAUAAAUGAUGAAGGACUGUGAGAAAUGAAGCUGGUGACAUUUUAUUUCACUGAAUAGACUUUGUGUGAUGGGUCAGACGUCAAACAAGAACUCACAAAACAAAAUAAGACUGGACUUAAAUGAUCCCUGUCAGGGGAUUGUGGUACUUCAGGAGCAAACAUGAUCAGAUAAACUGCAUUUAACAGAUUUAUAACAAAAUAUACUGAAUAGUUUUAAAAAGAAAGUCCCUAAAAGUGAAGGUACUGAAUUGGAGGAACACACCACACACUUAAAAAGAACUACCACAGUCAUUUCUUCAUAUGUUAGAAUAUAAAAUAUGUUUCUGUAGGUAGGAGUGCAGGAUGACGGAAGGAGCUUUAGUUCUAAAUACAGUGAAGUGAAAUAACAUCCAUCACUACCCCCCUCUUCUUCUCCUCCUUGCACUCACAAACAUGCACACAGGGCCUGACGGUGGGAGCUUGAGCCAGCUGAUUUCCAUACGCAGCCUUCAGAGAUGCACUGAGCCGUACUAGGGCCACAUGAGGAAGUCUUGGCGCUGGCAAAUCACAUUCAAAUUCUGCCCUCAAAAUUUGUUUGCCUCCCAGCCAACGCAGGCUUAAUAUCAACUCUGUCAUGUUAGCAAUAUGCAAAGAAGUGAGCCUAUCCUGUCAAACCCUGUCUGCGCAGCCCUGCACUCUGAUCGCACGGACUCUGCAUGAAAUUAGCCUUAGAGAAGAAAUGCAGAUAGACGACGAGAGAAGAAUACAGUACAGACAUGCCAGCUCUGUUUACAGCCUGUUAUUCAUUCAUGUUCACAUUCAUACAAGAUGGGGAAUAAGCUUACAACGAGAGGAUGUAGCAAGACAAUCGAUCAGCUUUAUGUGGUGCUGUUUCAUCUCAAGACUUUUCCCAAAAAAGCAGGUCCAGACUUCUUGAUAUGUAUAUAUUUGUGAUCCAGAAACAAAAUAAAUUCACAGACCAAACACCAGGAAAACUGGUUCAAUAGGCAGAAACCUCAAGCAGAACCAGAGUCGAUGGUGAUUGGCCAUCUGAUGUGAGGGGAUGAGCUACGGCAGUGAGAGACAGACGGAUCAGGAUAUGCACAAGUUAUAAUAAAUGUAGUAAAUUUAAAGUUGAAAUUCCAACAAUUAUAGUAGAAUGGAGUCAAAUAAACUACAGUUUGAAUAUGGGGCAUAUCAAAUAUGCAGCACCCUCUGUCUGCUGGUCCUUUUAGGUUUCGGACCCUGAAGCUGCCCGACCUGCUGCUCAUUUCAGCAUGUUAUUUCCUGCUCUCUAUUUCCGCUUUCUCACCGUGUCCUCCGUCCUCCUGUCAGCCAAAUAAGAUCAUAAAAAAACCUUAAAUGAGUGAAUGAAAGCUCCUUUGGGGAGUUUUUGGCUGGUCAUUGACAAGAAUGAAAAUUAUGUUUGUGCAUCCAGAUACCAUAAAUCGGCUAAGAGGUUUGUUUUUCACUGGAGCUUUAAUACAUAAACAACAGCUGUGAUAUAUUUGAGUACCUGGACACUCUGCCCUGUCGUCAUGUCUGAAUCUUUAAAAGUAUUUGAUGGAUUGUGAAACAAAUUCUUGCUUAAAAACAGUUUUUAUGUCCUUUUUAGACUACAGACAGAGUAGUCCUGCUGUGUUGGAUGUUAUCAGAAUAGCACUUCUAUUAAAAAGUGAAUAUUAAAGCGUCUGUAUGGAACUUAUAGUUUAUUUACAACUCUUAUGAAAAAAAAAAGGUUUAGUGUCUCAACUUUCUGACUUUAAGCACUCUGUUAAACUAUCUCAUAAAAUCUGAACAGACUUUUUGUGAGCAUCAUAAAACAGAGCUGUUUCUGUCUCUUCAUUGCUCAGUUGACACCUUUCCCCUCACACUGUUUCAGACAUUGAAAAUAAUGAUUUUUACAUUCACCAGUUUAGUUCUUCAUGGUCUUAUUUGCUUUCAUAAAAAGCAUCAAUCGAUUUUUAAGUUUAUUUCAUAACCUUAAAAAACUCCUUACUGGAGCUUUAACUUCAUGUUUUUGGCUUCUGGUGUUUUUAUUUUCCUUCUUUCUUUUGUUUUGUGUAUGGAAGUUUGCAGGAUAUUAUUUGUUGGCAUUAUUGCAACACAGAGCAUUUAAUGGAAGUGAAGUUCAUCAGUCUUUCCAAUGAUGCGUGACCACACUGGUGUGUUAGGACUUUUUUGACUGGGGUGGUUCAGUAUUACCUUGUGAGUUUCAAGGAUACACACAACAUCUGUUUGAUAACCAAGUAGGUAUGGUCAGUAACAUCAAAUAGGGUCAAUAAAUGUUAUUAAUUUAUGUAGGUGCACACACAUGAUUCAUGUUGCCCCCUUAAUCUGUAUAUGGCAUUAUUUAAAUCUUAAGGUUGCCAAAAGUCUGAUGAUCAAAGACGUAAUACUGUAGAAACUCUUUGAUGAUGUAGAUUAAAGCAUGUUACACAGCCAAAAGACAAUCUAAAACAUCAUAUACGAAACCCAGAACAAGUAUCUGUUUCUGAUUAUUUCAGAUUUAAGAAUAUAAAACUGCUCUGUUUAAAAAGAUAUACAUGUUUAAAUAACUCACAGAUGGACUCAGCUUUAGUCUUUGUAUGAAUGGUUUCAUGUUUGCACCGAUGAGCUCAUGCUGAUUCCCAAAAACAUGACGUGACAACCACAUCUGAUAAGCUUCCAUGGUAGCCAAACAAUAAUAAACCCUCCAGCUUUUGGCUUUACCUGCACAUCAUUUAUGACUGUGUAGAGACUUCGUUAUCCCAACAUUUCAGUUGGACUUUGAUUUUACCUCCUGUUUAAUAUGAUGCAUACUAAGUACCUGACUGCAUCUUGGGGAGCCAUUUUUGAAAAAAACUGAUGAGACGUAAAAAAUCACAUCCUUUUUCCUGUAAAAGUAAAGAAAUAGACGUUCAAAUUCUCAUGAGUGAACUUUAAUUUCAAUUUUUUUAAACUAUGAUAUUUGGAUGAAUACUUGAUAAAUAUAUAUGGAUAUUCAGGAAGUUUGACACAGUCCAGUCAUUGUGGUAUAAAUUUCCAUUUUAUGAGGGAGACUUUCACCCACAUUGGAAAAACACAGGGAUGCACACAGAGGGAGCUCUAACCUUUACUUUAAGAAGAUUUAAUGUGUUUGUAGUUUUAAAAGAGGAAGUAAAAAUGUUUGGCCAGUGUGGAAAACAUCCAAUUACAUAUUUUCUUUAUUUGUUGUUUAGAUAUACGGACGUUCAAAUAGCUAGCCCUGCAGAAGAAACUGACGUGUCAUUUCUUUAAAAAAAAAAAUCUCUGAGUCAUUUUAAUGAUUCAUCUUUUAUUGUUGGAAUCUCCAUCCUUGUUUUAUAAGUGUUUUUAUUUCCACAGGGAGGAUCUGCCAGUCCACCUUCAUUCGUCAAUAUGCCAGGUGAGAUUCAGCAAACCAAACACAACAACAAAGACAGUCACGCACACACACUUUAUACAGCAGAAUAACUAAGGAGAUUUUACUGUCAACACACAAAGUGUGGUUACAUUUUCUAAAAAAAACUUGUCAAUUUAUGAGUUUACUCUCACAGAUUUACAAGAAUGGAGUUGUACUUUUAUGAGAAAAUGGAGAUAAUCUUUAUUGUUUGCAUUUACAUUGUUUUCAAAGGAAAGAUCAACAAAGCAGCCAGCUGCCUUUUUAAAUACAAGUGAUAAACUUCACACAUCACUAAAUACCCAAACUUUAAGUAUAUCAGUAGCACAGUUUUUUAGUAUUAGGAUUAUGAAUCUAUAACCUCCAAAAAGAUGGGCACCUGUGCCGACUUAACUGCCGUUUAUUUUUACCGGUCGAGUUCAACUUCACAAGAGGAUCAACAUGUCCUCUUUUAGUGCUAUCAGCAGCUGGCUGCUCUUUCAGUGAAUUAUUAGGAAAUUUACUCUGCAAAAACUCAAAUCUUAGCCAGUGUAAGCUAAGUGAAGUCAAAAAAGGGUUUUAUCAGUUUAAUUUGAACCAUUUUCACUGGAGAAGUCCUGGAAAUUUUCAUUUUUCAGGCUGGUAUACACCAUGAAAACAGUCUGACCAGCACCUCUUAUUUUAGAAACUUGCAAACUUAAUUUUUUCUGAUUCCAUCUGAAGUCUCUUUUUACCCGUUACAAAUGAUACACUUCAAAUUUUUGCAUGUUAUAUCUUGAAAUGGGACAUUUUCCUUGACUUUUCAGGUGAAUAUGGCUUAAAUUCAAUCUAAUAGAAAAAAAAAGAAGUCUCUAAGCUUUCAGAACUUUAUACUUGUACAUUUUUACUCCUUUCUCCUAAAUUUUACACCAUCUUAUCAGAAAAACAAUCAGUUACACAAUUAACACAGAUACAUUGGAAAAACAAGUUUCCUGGUAUGUGGACGUCUGCUUCAAACUUGUCAGCUCAGUGUUUGUUUGAAAAGUUUUUCAUCAACAUUAGAAUAAAGAAGAGUUAUAACCUGUAAUAAGAAGUUAUGUAGACUAUGUUAGCUAAAGCACUAUUUCAUAUCAGUGUUCUACCUGCAUUAGAAAGCCAAAAAUGGAUAGAUCUGAUUUCCCAGUUUGGAAAAAAGGCAUGAAUGCAGCACAGGUCUGUGUUUUAAAGAGUCGAUGAUCCUCAGUCUAAUCUGACUCUAAAGCUCCACAUCCUCGCUCUCUGCAGGCUCUCACAUGCUGCCCAGUUACUACAGCAUGAGGCGCCCCUUCAUGUCAGACUCAGACUUCUGCCCGUCCACCAAGCAGUUCUCCCCAGACGUCUACUCCUCCACACUGGGGGGCAAACCUCUGAGCUGUGAGCCCUCCAGCAUGAGCAGCUACUCCUCCCUUAUUGAUAGCUACUACCCAGAGACCUUUGGUGAUUACCGCAGCGCCGCCGCCUUUUCCAGCUCUGGAGGAUCCUUCCUGCCCUCUUCAGCCCUCUCCUCUCUGCUGCCCCCUUUCAGUGGAGAGUCCUCGCAUUUAUUCUUGGUAAGAUAGAGGCCCUUUGUGUAAUUGACUAUGACAGAGAUGAGUAUAUAAAGAAAAUUAAUCAAAUCCACAUUUUAAGUCCUUUUAGUUGUCAAGCUUACCUAUGUGAAUUAUUGUUUUUGCAGGGCCAAUACAAAUGUGCGUGAAAAAUAGAAGAAGGGAAAGAUUUUAUGGUCAAGCUCAAAAACAAAAUCAAACUUUCACAAUUUUUUAGCACAAAGAUUUCUUGUUGCAUCAUUACCAAGAUGUUCAACUCUCUUUCAGUGUUUUUUUUUUUUCCCAUUCAGAGCAUUUUACCUGCAAUGAACUGUAGGUCAUAAAAGUGGAUAAAAAAUGUGAGGAGAGAGUUUUAUUUUUAAAAUGCAGGUUGGGAGAAAAGACAACAGAAAAAAAACAAACAAACAAAAAAAACUCAUCCCAACUUUUUUAAGAGCUGGAAAUUCAACUAUGAGCAAAAAGUCAGUGAAAGCUUUUUGGUGACAUCACUCUUAAACAUUUUUAAGGUGAAGGAUGACAAAAAGUCUAUUUUGGAGGGAGAUGCACUAUGGGAAAAAAGAUUAAAAAACUUGUAUUUCAAGAUUUAAUGUGAGGUGACCAUAAAAAGUCUGACAACAGUUGGAGAAUAAAGCAGAAACAUUACACAUCCACUUAAACGCCUUUAAAUAAAGAGCUAAUACAUUAUAAAAACACGUGGUAAGCAUGUUCAUCUGUUAAUCUGCAGACUGUCAUCUAACACUGUUGAGGUUAAACCAUAGACUGGAUCUAAACAGAAUAUACAUACAGUCUAUGGGCUGAACCAACACAUUAUACAGCAGCUUGGCUAACAUGAUGUAGGCUAAUAUCAAUCCUUUACAAACAAACGAAUCAAAAGUUUCCCUUAUUCCGUCUCUUUGUUUCAUUUGAAUCUCACCGAUAUUGAAACUUAUUGAACAGCUGGUUGAGACAUGUCAGCCCCUCCUCCACAUCAUGAAGUUAUAUCUGUCUACAGAGGGAGGUGAACUGACAGGCUGUGUGAUGAGUGAUUAUCUGAUCAUUUGUAACAAGUGUAGGCUCAUGGUGCUAACUUCAGGGAGCUUUCAGGGAGCUUUCAGGGAGCGUUCAGGGAGAUUCCCAGAAGAGACAGCGUAGAAGUUAUUAUUAGUUCUGGCCCUCAUACUCUCUCGUGUCUUCCUCUUUUGUUAACAGUUUUGAUCAAAUGUGUGGCAGAAAUUUUGAAAAUGCAUUUUUCCUAGACCAGUUAACCUCCUCAGACAACUUUAGGGUAGACUAUAAACACCAACAGCAGACAGAGCCUGAUGUUUUCUUUUGAAGUAUCAGAAAUAAAUGAAGAUUUUUCCUCUGCUAUCUUACACCCUCAGAGAGACUCAUGGGAGCAGUCUGUCCCUGAACCUGUACCCCCUGUGGAGUCUCUGUGUCCAGACAGCCUGGCCCCCAUCAGCGUCCCUCCCUCCAUGCCCAGCCCAGACCCCCCUGGAAGCCCCUCCCAGUACCGCUCCCCCAGCAGAGGCUCCUCCAUGGUCACCAGCAGCCAGCCCUACACCCUGCACCCUCUGGAGGACGCCCACUACCACCCCCUCACCACCAGCAGCUCCUACCCUCUCCCCUCCACCUCCUUCACCUGCCCCCCUUACAUGAGCGGCCCCGUCAGUGACCUGGUGUCCAAGAUGGUGACGGAGGAGGCGGGGGAGAGCCACGGCAGCCUCUCUACUAACAGCGAGGGUCACUCCUGCUGGCCCAAAGAGGACGGGGUGAGCUCCUGGUCGCCGUACGAGAUCAGGAGAGCUUACUGA